CGGCCUACAGCGGGUGUAAAUGAGCUAGCGAGCGGCGAGCUGGGAGUGACUGUGCCAGGGUGUGCGGAGCGAACUGCACCGGGCGGCAGGGCAGGGCAGGGUAGAGCAGGGAAGGGCAGGGCAGGGCAGCGCCACGCUGGGCCGCCCGGCGCCCGGUACUCCACUCUCCUUCCAGCUUCCCGCGCCGUGGGUGCCCUGCGCAGACCAUGGCGGAACUGCUGCGGAGCCUCAGUGAUUCCCAAUUGGUGGCGCGCUUCCAGCGCCACUGCGGGCUCUACCCGGCGCCCCCGGAGGCCCCCCAGGAGUCCAUGGCGGGCUCCGGGGACUGGGCGCCGCAGCCGGCCUCCCGGCAUCCCCCGGAGGUCAACGGCAAGGGCGGCCCGAGCGGCGCCUUCCCGCAGCCUCACACCCAGAAGUACAACCAGAAGUUCAUUGUGAAGAAUUAUUUCUACUACUAUCUAUUCAAGUUUUCAGCUGCUUUGGGUGAAGAGAUUUUUUACAUCACCUUCCUUCCAUUCACUCACUGGAAUAUUGACCCUUAUGUGACCAGAAGGUUGAUAAUUAUAUGGGUUGUGAUUAUGUAUAUAGGCCAGGUCUCCAAAGAUAUUCUGAAGUGGCCCCGUCCCUCUUCCCCUCCUGUCGUGAAACUAGAAAAGAGGUUGGCUGAUGAAUUUGGGAUGCCAUCUACUCAUGCCAUGGCAGCAACAUCUAUCUCUUUCACGUUCCUCAUCUCUACGAUGUACAGAUACAAGUACCCCUUUGCAUUGGGACUAAUGCUGGCCAUCUUAUUUUCGACCAUGGUAUCCCUCAGCCGGCUUUACACUGGCAUGCACACAGUACUGGAUGUGAUUGGUGGCGUUCUGAUUAGUGGACUGUUCAUCGCGGUCACUUACCCAGCAUGGGACCUCAUGGAUCACCUGGAGUCAGCCAGCCUGCUCUUCCCUAUAUGUAUUCUUGUCGUGCCUUUCUUCUUAUGUUACAACUACCCAGUAUCAGAUAACUAUACUCCUACUAGAGGAGACACCACCACAAUUCUAGCAGCUGGAGCUGGAGGAACCAUUGGAUUCUGGGUCAAUCCUUUUUUCAAAUUGGUAUCUGAGCCCACGGAGUCAGCCAUACAAAGCAUCCCACCAUUCACAACCAAAAUGUUAGUCUUGGGGCUAACCAAGUUUAUGGUUGGAAUUGGGGUGGUUUUCUUGGUUCGUCAACUGAUGCAAAAUCUCUCACUCCAAGUGCUUUACUCUUGGUUCAAGGUGGUCACCAGGAAUAAAGAAGCCAGACGAAGACUGGAAAUUGAAGUACCAUACAAAUUUGUAACAUAUUCUUCAGUUGGCAUUUGUGCGACAGUAUUUGUGCCAAUGCUCCAUCAGUUUUUGGGAUUACUCUGAGCAAUGUACACUUGAAAGAGAGCCCAUAUAGACAAUGUAGUCCUUGAAAGGCCAUGCAAUGGGUACCUGUCACAGUCACCAUCCUUGCCACUGUCAUCACCAUUACCAUCACUACUGCCACCACCAGUGCCAGUCUACCAGCUUCUCCUUUCCUCUGUCACUCCCAAGAAUACACACACACACACACACACACAAUUUUGUAUGCCAUGUGCCUUUCUUUUCUGGCUAAUAAAGUAAACGACGACAUAGCAUGAGAAAAAAAAUUCCAGUCAGUAUUUCUAGUUCAUAAGUUCCAUUUCAUAUUCAUUCCAAGGUUAAACCUAGAAUAUAACUAUAACCUUAUUUUAAUCUUUUUAGGAUCCUUUGUUAUUUUUCAGAAAAUGAUCUUAUGACCUAGAUAAGGUACAAGAUGCCAUCUAGUAAGUUAAGGAAGAUUACACAAGACUUGAUUAGGUCCUAGAAAAGUCAGCUGGCAAAGGGAAAACCUAAGAGAUAUUCCUUCACUCCUCGGCAGAAAAACUGACCUGGAUUCUCCAACCAGAAUGGGAACUUUGGCUGGGGUGAGAUGGUGGUGCCCCAUCCAAUGGCACUCUGUGGGCAGAGUGGCAUUAGUUGCCAUUCUGGGGAAAUUUGAAUAGCAUCGUAUGACAUUUCUCAAAGCUAGUGACAAAUCACCACCAUUAAACCUGGCUUUAAAAGCCUAUGGCUGGGUGUGAAGUCAUUGGCAAGAUCCACAUCUGGUCAGCAAGAGCAUAGAUAUAUGACGGGCUUUUGUUUAUGAUUCCAUAUAUCAGGAUUUUCUUUAAUCCCUACAAAUCCAUUUUGAAUUAGAGCUUGGGCAUCCAUCUUCACGUAUUUCCUUCUUUCAAAGAAUUCCAGACAACAAUCCUACAGAUGAUUGAGAAGUAUGAUUAAUUAGUUGUUCCCUCCAAAUGAGCAAAAUGUAGGUUUCCUAUGUUUAUGCAUGGAGUGGAAGCCUGGCUAUCUAUCAUUGGACAGACCCUCUUGUCCUAGUGAGGCCGCUCAUUUAUUAAAUGACUGGGAUUAAUAUCCUGCUUCUUCCUUCACCUUGUUCCCUUAUCUCAGGACAACUGUGAAAGAUGUAAGAUUAUUUUUGCAGAAAAGCAACACAUAAACUUAAAAAGUAUUAUUAGUCUGUGGGAAAUCACUAAAUAAACACACAAACAAAAACCCUUUCCCCCUUCUAGAUGUUCCUUAGCUCUUGAAAAGAAGAUAAGAUUGGCUCAAUUUAAAAAAGGUUCUCUCUCUCUCUCUCUGGCAAUGAGGGAUAAGUGACUUACCCAGGGUCACACAGCUAGUAAGUGUCAAGUGUCUGAGGUCAAAUUUGAACUCAUAUCCUCCUGAAUCCAGGGCUGGUGCUUUAUCCACUGCACCACCUAGCUGCCCCAGGUUCUCUCUUUAGGGGAAAAAAAAAGUGUGUGUAUGCAUGGAUAGGAAGAGGGGUACAGUAGAAGGAAUCUGUAUCUGGAUUUAAAUUUUGCUUCUUAUUCUAAAGCUAUCUACCUUUGUGACCUUGGGCAAAUUGUUUAACCUUUCUGAGUCUUUGUUUCCUUGUCUCUAAAAUAAGGGAGCUGAACUAGAUGUACUCUGAGGACCCUUCCAGUUCUGGAUCUGUGACCAUAUCUAUAUUUAUAUGUGUGUAUACAUGUAUAUUAUAUAUAAUAUAUGUAUAUAUUAUACACAUAUUCACACAUAUCUAGAAAAUAUGCAUUGUGUAUAUUACGCAGUUUGUUCAAAUGAGGACAUGCCUGCUUUUCAGGGGUCAUAGUGCCUCUUACCCACAAGCUUUCAUCCAACCUAGUAUGCUAUGAUACAUACAUUUCUCACUGGAAGUUAGCCUCAAUGUCCCAUUUAAAGAUUUAGACAAUCUACCUGCUGCAGAGAUUCUUAGGUAUCCUAUCGGUUUGAGCAUAAGUCAGACUCUAUUCCCAAGUUUGGCUUGUAGAAAACCUGAGUGAAGCCUUUAAUGCUAUUAUUUCUCAGUGUUUACCUAAAUGAUGCAAUUAAAAAAAAUACAUUUAGGAAUAUAGCCUAUAUUUAGGUUCUAGUCUUAUUUAAACUCACCAUAAAACACUUAAGUUAAUCUGAAAACUGACAACCACCUUUUCCUAAUUGAGUGUCCUCAUCCUUUGGGGGGGCAUUCUUUGGGGUUUUGUGUAAUACACAGCUCCUUUAAGACAAAAAGGGUAGGGAAAAGUCCUAGCUUCUUUCUGAGAGUUGUUGUCUAUGCAUUUCUGGUUUCUAUAAGGGAGGAAGCAAAUGAAUUGCCACUUGACUAUUUUAAUAAUCAAUCAUAAGCUGAAAUAGAAUUAGUGGCAGCAACAGAGAGUAGAGGAAUCCUAAUUCCCACGUGCUUCUAUCUUAAGAUCCACAACUUAAUUGUUGUAUGACUUCUCUGAAGUUGAAUUUCUUUAGCCAAAAAAAAAAAAAAAAAUUGAAGAUAGGACUAUGUAACAUCAUUUAGAUUUGUGAGCAUGCCCAAAGCUAAUUAGUAAAAAGUAAGCAUGUAUUUUGCUACCAAAGUGGUUCUUUUUUUCCCACUUGCACUUUCUAAAAUAUACUGUUUGACGAAAGAGGGCAAUAAAUUCAAUUCAACCAAAUAAUAUAUGCAGGGAACUUGGCUAGACAUAGGGAAAAUAUGCAAAUGCUAUGAAAACCUUAAAGUGCUCUAUAAAUGUUAGCUAUCAGAGGAAAAAAAAAAAACAGUCCCUGCCCUCAGAGAGCUUCUGUUCAGUUGAGAGGCUACCAGGGACACAGGGAUAAGUAAAUAUAAAAUAUAUAAACAAAGUUAUGCAAAUUCUCACUUUCACUAAACGUUUCCUUUUUUUUUUUUUUAGUUGCUAUAAUGUGAAAAAUCUAGAGGUAACUGCUUUGUAUACCUUUUGCUUGGUUAAUGGGUCACAUUUUAUUUGACGUGGCUAAAGCUUUCAGUAAUCCAAGGGGUUAUUCCUAUAAAAAGUGUCUUACUCCAAAGAUUGCUUUUAAUAAAUGGUAUUUGAUAAUGGACCUGGGUCAAUUCCCUUCACUCCUCUUUAUUAUUUAAUCUCUUCUUCCAGUUGCCUAGAAUUGGAGACUAAAGGGGUUAAAAACGGACCCCUCAGGUCAUAUGAUCCAAUCUGCUGUGGGGGUGCCCGAGCCUUUUAAACCCUCCAACUAAUCUCUUCUGGGAGUGGUUUUACCUCUUUAAAACAAAAACAAAAAUCUCUCUUUUUGGGGGUGGGGAGAGCCCAAGGCCUCUUCUGGAAUGCUACCAUUUUCUCUCUGAUGGCAGCACGCCCCCUACUGGUCAGUCUCAUUUAGCUUGCCCCCUGGAUUUCUGUCCAGCCUUGGCCAAGUGUGACUUUUAAAACAACCACUCCUUUGCAGCACCUGAAUAGCACAAGUCCCUUGGAAAUUGGUCUCCUUCCACAGGAGUCCCUCUACAGUUUUCUCCAGCUAUCUCCUCUUCCCUCUUCCCUUCCCUGAGCUGGGUGCCUCUCCUAUCCAUCUCUUCCAGCUUCUGGGGAUCGCCUGGAAUCCUUAGCACAUGUCAUUUCUUGUCUCUUUUACUCAAUGUCCUGAAGCCAGACAGGGUCCUGGGAAGGAAAUAAACAGAGCAAGCAUAUGACCUUCAAAGGGUCACUUGAGUAGGACCCUCAGAAGCUGCACCCCACUGAUCCCCAAAGCAACGGCUCGAGGCUCUCUACUUAGGUCUGAGCCAAGGGAAUAACAGGUCGGCUACCAUAAAUGUAACCAGAACAGGUGGCAUUUACGAGUCAAUAUGCUUUGCCUCUGUCUUUGGAGGAUGUUCAUCUGGUUGCUUAUAUACUGCAUGUAAAUUAUUCUUUUUUUUUUUUCCAAGAAAAGCAUCUUGCUGGUUUGACCUUUGGCUGUACAUUAAAUGCUUUUGAAAGCCUGUGUUCUGCCUACUUACUUUCUCUAGACUGACUUCUCUGGGAGUUCUUUAGAGCUGAGUAGAGAAACUGAGACAACAACAUAAGCAUGGGACUCUAAUCACUCAGGGCUGAAGCUCUUAUUUGGGAAAGUCAGUCACCAUGUAGCUACCAGUAUAAUCGCUUGACUAUUAAA